AUGGCGGACGAUGACCUGCCCGUCGUCUCCUUCGGGAGCCUCAUGACCGAGGGGACAACCCUGAGCCGGCGCGGCCAGCACGACAAGGCUCUGAGCUGCUUCAAUGACGCGCUGAAGCUGAGAGCAGGAGACAAGCACUGCCUUAUCACCCGCUCCAGGUGUUUUCUGAAGCUUGGAGACACAGAAAACUCCUUGAAAGAUGCUGAAGCCUCGCUCGAAAUUGACAAUACGUUCCAUGAGGGGCUUUACCAGAAAGCAGAGGCCCUGUAUGCCAUGGGGGACUUUGAGUUUGCUCUGGUGUUUUACCACCGAGGCCGAAGGCUCCGCCCUGACCUGCACAAGUUCCAGCUGGGCAUCAACAAGGCUGAGGAGGCCAUUAUCAACUGCAUUGGGAAUCCAUCCUCGGUGAAGCUGGAGACCAAGGAGGAGCUGUGCUUUGUGAGCAGGCAGGCAGAGCUCCAGAGCAAAAGUAACAAGCAAAAACAGCAAAACAAACCAAAGGACCAAAAGGAUCAAAAACAGACGAAGAAGCAGAGUCCAAAAACAGAGCAACAGCUUCUGGGGCAGCUUUAUGCUGACAAGGCAUAUCUGGAGAAGUUGCUCAAGGAUGAAGACUUGAUGCAGAGCAGCACAAGGCAGGGGGUCAAAGUCAUGGACCUGGUUUUGGGUGGCAUCUCCUACCUGAACCAGCGGCGGGACUUCUGGCAGCAGCAGAAGCCGAUGUACGCGCGGCUGUACGAGCGCAAGGUCCUGCGGCAGGGCCGCGCGCGCGACAAGAAACAGAAACCGCCCGACAUCGCCAGAGCCAUCGCAAAGGAGGUGGAGGACAUUGAGCUGAUGCUGGCCAGAGGUUCCGCUGAGGAAAGCUGCAGGAAAGCUGAGCGUCUGCUGAAAAAGAUACAAGCGUGGUCAGAGGAUGAAGUUCCCAACAAGAAUGAGCUGAUUGGGAACCUCCACAGCCACAUUGGGGAUGCACAGUUGGCAAUGGGGCAGAUGGAGGCAGCUUUGCACAGCCAUAAGAUGGAUCUGGAUUGUGCCAGGCAGAACACUCUGACAGACGCCGUGUCCCGGGCCCUGGACAACAUCGGCCACGUGUACGCCCGAACUGGCAAGUUCCAGCAGGCCAUCAACACCUGGGAGGAGAAGAUUCCACUGGCCCAGUCCAGCCUGGAGAAGGCCUGGCUGUUCCACGAAAUUGGGCGGUGCUACCUCGAGCUGGAUAAAGCUGAAGUAGCCCAAGAUUAUGGCCAGAAGUCCCUGCAGUCAGCAGAAGAAGAGGGAGAUGUGGAGUGGCAGCUCCAUGCCACCGUGCUGGUGGCACAGGCACAAGUGAAAUUGAAAGAUUACCGGUCUGCAAUCCUGAAUUUUGAAAGGGCUCUGGAGAAGGCAAGGCUUGUGCCCAGUGAAUCUGCUCAAAAUGGCAUCAUUGCGGCCUUGGAUAACGUGAGCAAAAGCUUCAUUGCAGAACUGAACAAAGGCCACGAAGAUGGAAUGAUUUCCUCACGUGAAGAUCGCCUUUUCAGCAGUGAAAGCAUAAAAACCACCACUGAUAAUGUGGAAGAGGAGGAGAAAGAGAAUUGAGAUAAAAAGCCAUAAGAGGAAGCCAGAAACGAUGCAUAAGCAGACGGAAACGUUAAAGGGGAGAAACGGACAAGGAAGUAAAGGACAGCAGUGGGGAAAAGUAGAGCCUAGGCGGG